UUAACCACUACCAACACACACACACUCUCUCUCUCUCUAAAAGUUCUAAAGUUGGAUAUACACUCGAGAGAAUGGACUUUAUGCCAGAAUCCCCGGCCAAGAACCAUGAUCAAGCCCAUCAAAUCAUCACAGGAAAGCGUACGGACCACCCGAGCCCCGGGUCUCCUGUUACAACAACUUAUUCUAACUCGUACAAGGCAAUAUCAUCGGAUGAAGAAGAAGAAGAAGACAUGGCUAACUGCUUGAUUAUGCUCGCUCACAGUGUUUCUCCGCUCAAUGAUGAUAAAUCGGAUGAUUUCUGCUGUCGAAAGACUGAGAAACUGAAAAUACGGAGCGUUACAGAGAUGACAGCCAGUGGAGGACAUAUUAAUACGAGCUGCUACGAGUGUAAAACAUGUAACCGUGUUUUUCAGUCAUUCCAAGCCCUUGGUGGACAUAGAGCCAGUCACAAAAAGCCGAAAUUGGCCAUGGAAAAUAAACCGGAAUAUUCGAAAGAAUAUCAACCGAAACUUAUGGUUGUAUAUGAAGAAAACAAAAUUGUUAUGAAUAAAAUAACUUCUCCGGUGACAGCUGAUAGUUGUUCCAUCCAAACUGGACACAAGAACAACAGUCAAACAAAAGUCCAUCAAUGUUCAAUAUGCGGAUCGGAGUUUUUAUCAGGACAGGCUCUAGGUGGUCAUAUGAGAAGGCAUCGCGCACCUCUGCCGCCUUCAAUAAGCCCAACGACGCCACCAGAAGUCGGUCUCAUGAACGAUGCAAGUGAUCAUCAUGUCAUUGAGAAGUCUCCUGUGCUGUCUUUAGAUCUCAACCUUCCGCCACCGGAGGUUGUUGAGGACGCUGCUGGCCACUCGAGUUUUCAGUUUGCUGCGGGUUCUUUGCAGCAACCUCUUGUCUUCUCCGCCCCAGCACUGGUGGAUUGCCAUUACUGAAGCGGAGAAGCAAACAUCUAGAUUAAUUAAUUAAUACGAAACAUUUUUAAGUUAAUCUUAGUUUUAGAUAUUUUCAAGUUGUGAUACUUUAUUUGUAAUUGGUAUUGGUAAUUGAUUAAUAUGAACAAGACGAUAUUAGUUUUAA